GGAAGCAACACAAUCUGACACACUUCGCUGAUCAUCACCUAGGGAACACAGUGAGAACUUUUCUAUUUUGUUCCAAUGUCAAGUGUUGUCUGAAGUUGCUCGCAUUGCUCUCAAGACUUGGGCUAAGUUUUUGUUGGAUACCAGCACAAAGAAAUUUGUGCUGAGGUUUUUGUUGUGCACUUGAUGGCUGAGGAGACCAGUGGUGGCGAUGGAGGGGCCGGGGGCAGUAACUCCACGUUCGAGGCCUUUUCCGAUUACACCCUCAAGACUUUCAAGUUGAAACAGGACAAGUGGUCGAAGUUUAUGACUGUGAACGACAAUGUAGUGAUGCUAACUAAGUUUCUUGAGAAGGGUGACUCACAGGUCCUGCUCAUAUCCCUCAGCUCAGCAGGAACUCUUCAGUGUGCUGCUGUGUUCCCUUCCUCUCUCAGGAACAAAACUAUAUACUUUGUUAAACGACAUAAAGAGCCGGUGAAAAAGGGCAAGUUUCAUAGUUUGGUCAUGUGCGGGGAGAUGUCAGCAGUACCUCUGGACCAGCUCAUUACACUAGUGGACUCUCUUGUGGUACCCAUGCUCAGCAACAAUGAAAACCAUUCUCUCUGGCCAAACGUUGUCUCACAAGUUGUGAUGAAACACACAGGAGGUCUGAAGGGUGAUGUGUUAGUGGUCAGUGGUCAGGUGAAGGGCAAGACACUGCUCCCAAUGUCACCACAGGCUGAGAUGGCUGCUGAAUCAGUCUCUCUUGAAGAAGGUGGCCCCCUUCCUGAGAGGCAGUUGGUCCACUCUAUCGAGACAGUGGUGAUUGACUGGUGUCACCAAGUGAGAGAUGUUCUCAAGAAACGCUCAGCUCAAGCACUGUUAGAUGGCAGUUAUCCCGGGCCACUAGUGGAGAUCGACUUCUGGAAGGCUCGUUGGGAUGACCUAGAGUCUAUUGUGGAACAGUUGAGUGUGUCCAAGGUGGUUAAGAUGAGCAAGUUGCUGGAGGUCAGUGUCAGUAGCUACUACCCAGCGUAUCAAGGAAUGGUCGAAAGUGUCAAUGAUGCUCUUAUUGAGGCGAGGGACAUCAGUAUCCACCUGACGGCUCUACGUCGACACUAUGAGGAUUUGGACGAUUGUGAUUUUCUGGAGCUGCCUCGGAAGUUCCCUGCCAUAUUCCAUGUUGUCUGCCUAAUAUGGGCACAUUCUGAACACUACAGAAAGCCAGCCAGACUUGUUGUACUCUUGCAGGAGAUGUCUAACCAACUUGUCACCAUUACUCGAGGCUAUGUAACUGAAGAGAUCCUUCACGUCGAUCCAGAGGAGGGCAUUGAUAGGCUACAAGAUGCACUCAAAGUAUGCCUGUCCUACAAGAGCUCAUUUUCUCAGAGAAAGAACAUGCUGCCUACAUAUUUCAAGGACCCAGAAGUGCCACUGGUUGAAUGGUCUUUCCAACCUGAUCUUGUCUUCUCAAGAUUGGAUGGAUUCGUCCAGCAACUGUACACCAUUGAGACCUAUUUUCAGACCGUCGUUGAGUUCCUGAAGCUUGAAAAGAUAGUGUUUGGAGGGAAGCAAGGAGGCAGUCUGAGUGUCAUGGUCGUGCAGAUAUUCACUGAGUUUGUGGACCUGCAAAAUAAGUUCAACAACACCACCUAUGACCCUCUGAAUAUUGACAAAGAGGAAUUUUCCCAAGACAUGUUGUUGUUUGAUGAGAGUGUGGCAGUGUUUGACCAGCGAUUGGGCUCCAUUCUCUGCAGAGCCUUUGAAGACUGCUCUGGUUGUGAAGCUGCCUUCAAGCUUCUGGACAUGGUUGGUACUCUGAUAGAACGUCCGAUAAUCUGCAGUGACUUCAAUCACAAGUACCCUGUUUUAGUGCAGUGGUGUGACGAGGAGUUGGACCAGGCUAAGAGCAUCUAUGACAGACAACUAGCACUAAUGAACACACCCCAAGGUCCAGUGUUGAACAAGAACAUGCCUCGAGCAGCUGGUGUUCUCAAAUGGUGCCAGGAGCUCAGGGACAGGGUCAACUCAAGCAUGGACAAAUUCAAAAGCAUUGAAAAUGGCACCCUAGAGACUGCUGAAGCCAUGCUGGUCAUUCAAAAGCAUGUUGAGAUGAUGGCACUCAUAGCGAAGCUUGAGGCUGAAGUAUAUCAGGAGUGGAUAGCAGGUGUGGAUGAGGUGGCCAAGAUCAACCUGGAGAAGCCUCUACUGCUCAGGGCAAGUACCGGCUCUCAUCUCUCAGUCAACUUUGACCCACAGCUGAUCGCACUCCUACGUGAGGUCAAGUAUUUUAGUCAGAGGGUGGUGUCCCAUCAGCCCAUCCCAGAGCGUGCCCUCAGUGUAUUCUCUCAGAACGACACCUACAACAUGUUCACUCAGAAUCUGGAUGUCAUUGUAUCACUUUACAACUGUGUUCGAGAGACAGUGAUAGAGGUGGAGUUCCCACUGAUAAAGGAGCAAUUGUCGGCUAUUGAUGAGAAACUGGAGAAGGCGAUCACAACGCUCAACUGGACCAGUGAAGGAGUGUGGGAGUACAUUCAGGAGACUAGGGAUGUGGUGCGCGAUCUAGAGCAACGGGUUAGACUCUCCAAGGCCAACGUUGAGCUGAUGCGCACUAUUAUGGCCGGCUGGAGUCAGACACCUCUCUAUCAGAGGAAGGAGGACAAGAAAGACACUCUACUCUAUCUUGAGGACCGCGAGACUCUGUGCAAGAACCGCUAUGCUCGUGUCACAGCUGAUGGUCAGAAGAUCCUGGAGCUGGUUAAGCAUAACCUAGACUACUUUCAGGCUAACGAAGAAUCUGAGGAGUGGGGCAACUACAUUCAAUACCUAGAUGGGAUCGUGCUUGACGGAUUCUUCAACUGCCUCUUCUGUUCUCUACAAUUCCUCCUUUUCAACACAGACAAGGAGAAGCAAGAUCUACCUGGACCACUGCUAGAGGCCAAAUUGGAGCUGCAAGCACCAGACAUGUUCUUAACACCAACCCUAGAGCAGGAUGCCCCGGAUGGAUUCUACAGACUUGUGGAAGGUCUCAUUGAUGACAUAUUCAAGUUUGGCACGCUCAUGCCUAGACUCACAAAGCAGCACCAGCAACCUGACUACCUGGCUGAGCUGGACGAGAUCGCAGAGCUUUCAGACAUGAAGGAUGAGAUACUGUCCCGUGUAUCAUCUGCCAUAACACAGAGUAUGGAGUUUUGCCAAUCCUAUGAGAACUAUGCCUACCUUUGGGUGGAUGAUCGCAAUGAAUUCCUACGACAGUUUCUAAUUUAUGGACACGUCCUCACACCGGAAGAGGUAGAGGAGGCUGGUAAUGUUGGUGUACCAGAGACUCCUCCCAGUCUGAACCAGUUCAACGAGCAGGUGGAUAGCUACGAGAAGAUCCACUCAGAGGUGGAACAGUUUCAGGGCACCACCGUCUUCAAUUUGUGGUUCAGAAUUGACUCGAGGCCAUUCAAGCAAGGUCUGCUCAACAUUGUCAAGAGAUGGUCGUACAUGUUCAAACAGCACCUCAUUGACCACGUUACAUCAAGUUUGAAUGACCUUGAGUUAUUCAUUAAGACAACUGUGACUGGUCUGGGACUAGAGGUCGAGGAGGGGGACUAUGAUGGACUAGUUGAUAUGAUGAGUCACCUGAUGGCAGUGAAGGACAAGCAAACAAUUGCUGACAACAUGUUUGAACCUCUCAAAGCCACCAUCGAGCUGCUCAAGACGUACGGGCAGGAGCUGAGUGAUGAUGUCCAUCUUCAAGUACAGGAGCUUCCAGAGCAGUGGAACAAUGUGAAGAAGCAGGCUGUGUUAAUGAAGCAAGCAGUGGCUCCUCUACAGGCCACAGAGGUUGGCAUUAUUCGGAGGAAGCUCGCUUCCUUCGACGUGAAACAGCACGAGUUCAGAGAGAAAUUCAGAUAUACUUCUCCCUUUGAGUUUGAUGCUAAGCUGGAUAAUGUCUACAGCAGGAUUGAUAAAGCUAGCAGGAGCGUAGGUGGAAUGGAAUCGCAGAUGAAAGAACUAUCCCAGUCGGCAAGUCUCUUUGAGGUCAAUGUACCUGACUACAAGCAACUCAAGACAUGCAGAAAGGAAGUAAUCAUGUUGAAGACACUGUGGGACAUGAUAGUGCUUGUCAAGAGCAGCUUCUCUGACUGGAACACCACUCUCUGGUGUGACAUCAAUGUGGAUCAGAUGGAAAUAGACUGCAGAAAGUUUGUCAAGGACAUUCGUGGUCUGGACAAGGAGAUGCGAGCCUGGGAUGCAUUCAAUGGACUGGACUCGAUGGUCAAGAACAUGGUGACCUCUUUGAGAGCCGUAGGGGAAUUGCAAAACCCUGCCAUCAGAGAUAGGCAUUGGGAGCAACUCAUGAAUGCCACACAGGUGAAGUUUGUGAUGUCUGAUGAGACUAACCUGGCUGACCUGCUGGCCCUUAACCUGCAUAAGUUUGAGGAUGAGGUGCGCAACAUUGUGGACAAGUCCACCAAGGAACUGAGUAUGGAGAAGACUCUUAAGGAAUUGGACGUGACUUGGGCACAGAUGGAGUUCGACCACAACCCCCACUCCAGCACUGGGGUCAAGAUGAUAGGGGCCAGCGAAGAGCUUAUUGAAACACUGGAAGACAAUCAGGUACAACUUCAAAACAUGAUGACGUCCAAGUUUGUUGGCUACUUUUUGGAGCAAGUAUCUGAAUGGCAAAAGAAGCUGUCCACCUCUGACUCAGUUAUCACUAUCUGGUUUGAAGUACAGAGGACUUGGUCUCAUCUCGAGUCCAUCUUCCUCAGCUCAGAAGAUAUUCGAACUCAGCUGCCCGAGCACUCCAAAAUGUUUGACACCAUUGACUCAGACUUUAAGGGUUUAAUGAAAGAUGCUGAGAACACUCCAAAUGUAGUGAAGGUGUGUAACAAACAAGGUCUUUUUGAUGAGCUGGAAGAUCUGCAGAAAAGACUGGCCAUCUGUGAGAAGGCUCUUGCUGAGUACCUGGAGACCAAGAGACUGGCAUUCCCAAGAUUCUACUUUGUCUCCUCUGCAGACCUCUUAGAUAUCCUCUCUAAAGGAAACCAACCAGUCGAGGUUUCUCGUCAUCUGGCCAAGUUGUUUGACAGCAUGUCGAGCCUCAAGUUCACAGAGGAUGCAUCUGGUGUUUCUACCAAAGAGGCAGUGGGCAUGUACAGUAAGGAUGGGGAGUAUGUGGAGUUUGACGCUAACUGCCAGUGUGAUGGACAGGUUGAAGUGUGGCUGAACUCUCUACUGGACACAAUGAUGUCAACCAUACGUCAUGAGAUGACAGAGGCUGUAGUCAGCUAUGAGGAGAAGCCGCGAGACCAGUGGCUCUUUGACCCACCAGCACAGGUUGCCCUGACUGGCACCCAGAUCUGGUGGACAACUGAGGUCAACCUCUCCUUUACCAGACUAGAGGAGGGCUAUGAGAACGCACUCAAAGACUACUACAGAAAACAGGUGUCCCAACUGAAUACUCUGAUUGGCCAUCUCCUGGGAGAGCUCACUAAGGGGGACAGACAAAAGAUCAUGACCAUCUGUACUAUUGAUGUGCAUGCACGAGAUGUAGUGGCCAAGCUCAUCUCUCAGAAGAUUGACAAUUCCCAGGCCUUCAUCUGGUUAUCUCAACUCAGACAUAGAUGGGAUGAGGAGAAGAGACAUUGCUUUGGCAACAUCUGUGAUGCUGAGUUCCUUUACUCCUAUGAGUACCUGGGUAACACUCCUAGACUUGUCAUCACACCGCUUACGGACAGGUGCUACAUCACUCUCACCCAGUCCCUCCAUUUGACCAUGAGUGGAGCACCUGCUGGACCAGCCGGUACUGGCAAGACCGAGACCACCAAGGAUCUGGGCAGAGCUCUCGGUAUCAUGGUCUAUGUGUUCAACUGCUCUGAGCAAAUGGACUACAAGUCUUGUGGCAACAUCUACAAGGGUCUAGCUCAGACUGGGGCAUGGGGCUGCUUUGAUGAGUUCAACAGAAUAUCAGUGGAAGUACUGUCAGUAGUGGCUGUGCAGGUCAAGAGUAUUCAAGAUGCAAUUCAUGACAAGAAGAAACGAUUUAUUUUUGAAGGUUUCGAGAUUCGCCUCACGCCCUCUGUGGGCCUGUUCAUCACCAUGAACCCAGGCUAUGCUGGACGAACUGAGUUGCCAGAAAACCUCAAGGCCUUGUUCAGGCCGUGUGCUAUGGUAGUGCCUGACUUUGAGCUGAUUGCUGAGAUCAUGCUGGUAGCUGAAGGUUUCAUUGAGGCUAGAAUUUUAGCCCGAAAAUUCCUCACCCUGUACACUCUUUGUAAGGAACUGCUCUCUAAGCAAGACCACUAUGAUUGGGGUCUCCGGGCCAUCAAGUCUGUGCUGGUCGUGGCAGGAACUCUCAAGAGAGGUGAUAAAGGACGACCAGAAGAUCAGGUAUUGAUGAGGGCUCUUCGUGAUUUCAACACUCCUAAGAUAGUGACUGAUGAUGUGACUAUCUUUAUGGGGCUCAUUGGCGACCUGUUCCCAGCCCUCAACGUACCUAGGAAGAGAGAUAUGGACUUUGAGGAAACAGUCAAAAAAUCGGUCAUUGACCUUGGCCUACAGCCGGAGGACAACUUUGUUCUGAAGGUAGUACAGCUUGAAGAGCUCAUCCAUGUUAGGCACUCCGUGUUUGUCAUUGGAAAUGCUGGCACUGGUAAAACCAAGAUUCUUCGGUCUCUCAACAAGACAUAUUCCAACAUGAAGAGGAAACCGCUGUGGCAGGACCUUAACCCCAAGGCCGUCACCAACGAUGAGCUGUUUGGCUAUAUCAACUCUACCACCAGAGAGUGGAAAGAUGGGUUGUUCUCUAGCAUCAUGCGAGACCUAGCCAACAUCCCCACUGAUAGCCCUAAGUGGAUCGUGCUGGAUGGAGACAUUGACCCUAUGUGGAUAGAGUCUCUCAAUACUGUCAUGGACGACAACAAGGUUUUGACUCUGGCCAGCAACGAGCGUGUUCCCUUAAACCCCUCAAUGAGACUCAUGUUUGAAAUCAGUCAUCUCAAAGCAGCCACUCCUGCAACAGUCUCUAGAGCAGGCAUCCUCUUUGCGAACCCCUCUGAUCUGGGAUGGAACCCCUAUGUUCAGAGUUGGAUAGACACUCGUGUGGUUCAGUCAGAGAAGGCUAAUCUCACAAUCCUCUUUGACCGCUACGUACCCACCUGUCUCGAAACACUACGCUAUCGCUUUAAGAAGAUCACGCCUGUGACAGAAAUCAGCAUGAUUCAGACUCUGUGCUACCUCUUAGAAGCAAUGCUUACUCCUGUAAACACACCACCUGAUACGACCAAGGAGAUCUACGAACAUUACUUUGUGUUUGCAGCAGUUUGGGCAUUUGGUGGGUCAAUGUUCCAAGACCAAUUGGCUGAUUAUAGAGUGGAGUUCUCAAAGUGGUGGGUAUCAGAGUUCAAGGCGGUCAAAUUCCCACAUCAGGGAACUGUGUUUGACUACUACCUAUGUGGUAGCACUAACAAAUGGAACCCAUGGACCGAGAAGCUGCCAAUUUUUGAGUUAGAUCCAGAGAUACCAUUACAGUCUGUUCUAGUGCACACAGCAGAGACAGUGAGGAUCCGCUACUUCUUAGACCUACUGAUGGGCAAUCACCGACCGGUCAUGCUAGUAGGCGGGGCAGGCUGUGGCAAGACUGUUCUAGUGAACGACAAACUGAAUAGCAUGCGAGAAGAAACAUUCAUCACUACCAUUCCUUUCAAUCACUACACGACCUCUCUCAUGCUGCAAGGGGUCAUGGAGAAACCUCUUGAGAAGAAAGCAGGACGUAACUAUGGUCCCCCUGGUACAAAGCGAUUGAUCUACUUUAUUGAUGACAUGAACAUGCCUGAGGUGGACACAUACGGGACUGUACAACCACACACACUCAUUCGACAGCAUUUGGAUUACCAGCACUGGUAUGACCGCAAUAAGCUGACUCUGAAAGAGAUCCACAAUGUGCAGUAUGUGGCCUGCAUGAACCCCACUGCUGGUAGCUUCACCAUCAACCCACGACUGCAGAGACACUUUAGUGUCUUUGCAGUCAGUUUCCCAGGUAGCGAUGCCUUGAAGACCAUCUACCAUUCAAUCCUCUCGCAGCACAUAGCCCAUAGUAGCUUCUCUGGACAAAUCAAUAAGUGUGUUGACAAGAUUGUUGUUGGGGCCAUUAAACUACACUCUAUGGUCUCCAUAACCUUCCUGCCCACUGCCAUUAAGUUUCACUACAUAUUCAACCUCAGAGACCUGUCAAAUAUCUUUCAAGGCAUUCUGUUCUCCACUUUGGAGUGUCUCAACACUCCGCUCGACUUUGUGAGACUGUGGCUGCACGAAGCUAGCAGAGUGUAUGCUGACAAACUUCUGGAUGAGAAGGACAUGCAGCAGUUCAACAAACUAAAGUUUUCCAUUGCUAAAGACAACUUUGAUGACCUUGAUGACGAAGCCCUCAAAGCUGAUCCUCUGAUAUUCUGCCACUUUGCCAAUGGUAUAGGAGAGCCCAGGUAUCUGCCAGUGCCGAGCUGGGCCAGUCUCAGCAAAACCCUGAAGUACGCUUUAGAGUCUUACAAUGAGAUAAAUGCUGUCAUGAAUCUGGUACUGUUUGAGGACGCCAUGCAGCAUGUGUGUCGAAUCAACCGUAUUCUUGAGUCUCCUCGAGGUAAUGCCCUGCUAGUUGGAGUGGGGGGCAGUGGCAAACAGAGUCUCACUAGACUAGCAGCCUCGGUCAGUGGAUUAGAGGUAUUCCAGAUACAACUAAAGCAAGGCUAUGGAGUUGGAGAUCUCAAGGCUGAUCUGGCCCAGAUGUACAUCAAGGCUGGCCUCAAGAGCGUUGGCACCGUCUUCCUUCUCACAGAUGCCCAAAUCCCUGACGAAACAUUUCUAGUCUUAAUCAACGAUCUCCUAGCCUCAGGGGAGAUCCCUGAUCUAUUUGCUGGUGAUGAAUAUGAAAGUAUCAUAGCUGGUGUGCGAAAUGAAGUGAAGAUGUCAGGCUUACAAGACACUAGAGAAAACUGCUGGUCCUUUUUUAUCGAUCGUGUGAGGAAGCAACUCAAAGUUGUGCUAUGUUUUUCGCCUGUUGGAGCUACACUGCGUGUACGCAGUCGAAAGUUCCCAGCUAUUGUGAACUGUACUAGUAUUGACUGGUUCCAUGCCUGGCCCGAUGAGGCCCUUAUGUCUGUCAGCACCAGAUUCCUCUCAGAGGUUGAGCUCAUUCCAUCUGACCUUUGCCCAUCCAUCAGCCGUUUCAUGGCCUUUGUGCACACCAGUGUGAAUGAAAUGAGCAAGCAGUAUCUGGCCAAUGAAAGGAGAUACAACUAUACCACACCCAAGAGCUUCCUGGAACUUAUUAACUUGUAUCAGAACCUCCUUCGUAAAAAGCAUGGUGAACUACUAGGCAACAUGGAGAGACUAGAGGGAGGUCUGGAGAAACUCAAAAGCACUGCAUCCCAGGUAGACGAUCUCAAGGAGAAGUUAGCUGCUCAGGAAGUGGAGCUCAAGCAGAAGAACGACGAUGCUGAUGCUCUCAUUAAGAGGGUUGGUAUAGAACAGGAGAAGGUGAGCAAAGAGAAGGAGAUAGCGGAUGGAGAGGAAACGAAAGUGGGAAAGAUCACAGAGGAGGUGAGCAAGAAGCAACAGGACUGUGAGAGGGACCUCGUCAAAGCAGAGCCCGCACUAAAGGCAGCAGCUGCCGCACUUAACACACUCAACAAGGCUAACCUGACUGAGUUGAAGUCGUUUGGCAAGCCCCCAGCAGCAGUGAUAAAUGUGACAGCAGCUGUGAUGGUCUUGCUGGCCCCACCCAACAAAAUACCAAAGGACAGGUCCUGGAACGCUGCUAAAGUCGUCAUGUCUAAGGUCGACCAGUUUUUGGAUAACUUAAUAAAGUUUGACAAGGAGAACAUAGCCGACCCAAACCGCAAGGCCAUCAGACCUUAUCUCGACAAUUCUGAUUUUGAUCCAGACUUCAUACGCAACAAGUCCACAGCUGCUGCAGGGUUGUGUUCGUGGGUUAUCAACAUUGUUGGGUUUUUUGAGGUGUUCUGUGAUGUGGAGCCCAAGAGGAAGGCACUGGCUGCAGCUAAUGCUGAGCUGGCAGCAGCACAAGAGAAACUCUCCAAGAUAAAGGGGAAAAUAAAGGAUUUAGAUGACAACCUGGCUGAGCUGACGAAAGAGUUUGAAGAGGCAACUUCUGCGAAGCUGAGAUGUCAGCAACAGGCCGAAGCCACUGCCAGCACUAUCUCACUAGCUAACAGACUGGUCGGUGGUCUUGCCUCAGAGAAAGUGCGAUGGGCGGAGUCUAUUGAGAAGUUUAAACAAGAAGCAACGACAUUGGCUGGCGAUGUGCUCCUAACGUCAUCCUAUCUGUCGUAUGUAGGCUGCUUUGGACGCAACUAUCGUACUGAUCUACUGGAGACAAAAUGGAUGGAGUGCCUCAAGACUAUACAGCCUGCCAUCCCUAUGACUGAGGAUCUGGAUGUCCUCUUCCUGCUCACUGAUGGUGCCACAAUCGCCCGUUGGAACAAUGAAAAGCUUCCCAGUGAUCGAAUGUCUGUCGAGAAUGCCACUAUCCUCACAAAUGCAGAGCGCUGGCCACUCAUGAUUGAUCCCCAGCUACAAGGCAUCAAAUGGAUUAAGACACGAGAGGGGGAUCAAUUGCAGAUUGUUCGACUUGGACAGAAGGGCUACCUGGAUACCAUUGAGCGAGCUGUGAGCAAUGGUGACUGUCUCCUACUAGAGAAUAUUGGUGAGUCAGUGGACCCAGUAUUGGACCCUCUACUGGGACGACUCACAAUCAAGAAGGGCAAGUAUAUCAAGAUAGGUGACAAGGAGAUUGAAUAUCAUCCUAACUUUAGGCUCAUUCUACAGACCAAAUUGGCCAAUCCUCACUACAAGCCUGAGAUGCAGGCCCAGGCCACACUCAUCAAUUUCACUGUGACCAAGGACGGACUGGAGGAGCAGUUACUGGCUGAGGUGGUUGCCACUGAGAGACCUGAUCUCGAGAGAACUAAGGCGGAGUUGACAAAGCAGCAGAACGACUUUAAGAUCAAGCUCAAAGAGUUAGAGGACUCUCUGCUUUCUCGUCUAUCUUCUGCUGGAGGUAACUUCCUUGGUGAUACGGCACUUGUGGAGAACCUGGAGACCACUAAGAGGACUGCUGCUGAAAUAGAGCAAAAGGUUGCUGAAGCUAAGGUGACAGAGAAGAAGAUCAACGAGGCGAGAGAGAACUACCGACCAGCUGCAGCCAGAGCCUCACUUCUUUACUUCAUACUUAAUGAUCUAAAUAAAAUCAACCCUCUCUACCAGUUCUCACUCAAAACAUUCAGUGUGGUAUUUCAUAAAGCUAUUGAGAGAGCUGAGGAAUCUGAUGAUGUUAAGCAGAGAAUACUGAACCUCAUUGACAGUAUUACGUACUCUGUGUUUGUGUACACCACCAGAGGCCUUUUUGAGAGGGACAAGCUCACCUUUACCUCUCAAGUCACAUUCCAGGUGCUAUUGAUGAACAAUCAGAUUGAUCCUUUAGAGCUGGACUUCCUCCUGCGAUUUCCUGCAGUCCCCAAUGUGACCAGCCCCGUCGACUUUCUCUCUAACUUCUGCUGGGGAGGAAUCAAGGCUCUGUCAAACUUGGAACAGUUUAAGAACCUCGACAGGGACAUUGAGGGUUCUGCCAAACGUUGGAAGAAGUUUGUGGAUAGUGAGUGUCCAGAGAAAGAGAAGUACCCUCAGGAGUGGAAGAAUAAGAAUUCCCUACAGAAGCUCUGUAUGAUGCGGGCAUUAAGGCCUGACAGAAUGACCUACGCUGUCACAUUGUAUGUUGAGGAGCAACUUGGUCACCGGUAUAUUGAGAAGCGAACCAUCCCAUUCGAGGUGUCCUACGAAGAGACCGGGCCUGCCACACCUGUGUUCUUCGUGCUCAGUCCUGGGGUGAACCCGCUUAAAGAUGUGGAGGCUGUUGGGAGGAAGCUCGGGUUCACUCUAGACAAUGGCAACUUCCACAAUGUCUCCCUCGGGCAGGGCCAAGAGAUAGUCGCUGAAAAUGCUCUGGACAUAGCAUCAAAGGAAGGACACUGGGUUAUCCUGCAGAACAUUCAUCUGGUGGCCAAAUGGCUCUCUAAACUGGAGAAGAAACUAGAGACGUACAGUGAGGGGAGUCACUCUGCUUAUCGUGUCUACAUGUCUGCUGAACCAGCACCAACUCCAGACUCGCAUAUCAUUCCUCAGGGUGUACUUGAGUCUUCCAUCAAGAUCACCAAUGAGCCCCCCACUGGCAUGCUGGCUAACCUCCACAAGGCUUUGGACAACUUCACUCAGGAGACCCUAGAAAUGUGCUCUCGUGAGAAUGAGUUCAAGAGCCUACUCUUCUCGCUGGUAUACUUUCAUGCUGUACUGAUUGAGAGGAGGAAGUUCGGUCCCCAGGGCUGGAAUAGACCUUACCCCUUCACUACUGGUGAUCUGACCAUUAGCGUCAAUGUGCUGUAUAACUACUUGGAAGCCAAUGCUAAGGAGACCCUAGAAAUGUGCUCUCGUGAGAAUGAGUUCAAGAGCCUACUCUUCUCGCUGGUAUACUUUCAUGCUGUACUGAUUGAGAGGAGGAAGUUUGGUCCCCAGGGCUGGAAUAGACCUUACCCCUUCACUACUGGUGAUCUGACCAUUAGCGUCAAUGUGCUGUAUAACUACUUGGAAGCCAAUGCUAAGGUCCCAUGGACUGACCUGCGUUACUUGUUUGGUGAGAUCAUGUAUGGUGGUCACAUCACUGACGAUUGGGACAGGAGACUCUGCAAAACAUACCUUGAAGUGUUCAUGAAACCUGAGCAGCUUGAUGGUGAGCUUCUGCUGGCCCCUGGCUUUGCCACCCCACCCAACCUCGACUACAUUGGCUACCACAAGUACAUUUCUGAAAACCUUCCUCCCGAGAGCCCCUACCUCUAUGGCAUGCACUCCAAUGCGGAGAUUGGUUUCCUCACAACCACAUCUGAGAAUCUUUUCCGCACUGUGUUGGAGAUGCAACCUAGGGACUCAUCCGGGGCUGGUGCCUCUGGUACCACUAGAGAGGAAAAGGUGAAGUCGUUACUUGACGAGUGUCUCGAGAAACUUCCUGAUAGCUUCAAUAUGACUGACUUACAUGGCAAAGCAGAGGAUAAGACACCGUAUGUGCUGGUGGCACUACAAGAGUGUGAGAGAAUGAACACGCUCACGAACGAGAUUAGGAGAACACUCAAGGAGCUCGACCUAGGACUCAAGGGUGAACUGACCAUUACAGCUGGUAUGGAGAGUCUGGAGAAUGCUCUUUUUUUCAACACUGUCCCCGAGAGCUGGACAAACCGAGCCUACCCUUCGAUGAAUGGUCUCGCUGCUUGGUACGUCGAUCUCGGUCAAAGAAUCCGCGAAUUGGAUAGUUGGGUGUCAGAUUUUGGCAUGCCUUCAUGUAUCUGGCUGGCCGGGUUCUUCAAUCCUCAGUCCUUCCUCACGGCUAUUGUGCAAUCUAUGGCUCGCAAGAACGAGUGGCCUCUAGACAAAAUGUGCCUACAAUGUGACGUCACAAAAAAGAAUCGUGAUGAUUUCAGCAGCCCCCCUCGUGAAGGCUCAUAUGUACAUGGGCUGUUUAUGGAGGGAGCUCGUUGGGACACGCAAACCAGUCUGAUUCAGGAGUCAAGUUUGAAAGAGCUGACACCGAAAAUGCCUGUCAUCUUCAUUAAAGCUAUCCCAAUUGAUAAACAAGAUGUAAAAAAUUUCUACCAGUGUCCCGUAUAUAAGACACGUAUGAGAGGGCCAACUUACGUAUGGACGUUCAACCUCAAGACCAAGGAAUCUCCAUCCAAGUGGGUCAUUGCUGGAGUAUGUCUACUCCUGAGUAUCUAAACGCUCGUAUCUAAACGCUCCAUAUAAUAUUAUACCAUACCAUGCAAAUAUGAACUUUGGAACAUAUUAAUACCGUAGUGACACUACGUAACUACGUAUGUAGCUACCCGAUCACUUGUAUUAUAAGUAUUGACUAAAAUUAUACUCUUAAUUCAAAAA